AAAGCAGAAACAAGCACUUAAAAGCGUUUGAAUCUAAAUAAACAGUAGAAAUGCAAAAGAAAAGUUCAAUAUUACCUUUCUUUUAGCCUGAAUAACUUGUAUUCCAUAUAAUUGAAUUUUCACUGUAACAUAAAACAUUUUUUGAACUUAAAUAAUUAAUCACAUUUUUUAGAAUUUGAAUUAAUGUUUUUUUUUUUGCAUAAUUUAUUAUUUAGGGAAAUAUUUCGUGCUGACAUGAACUUGUGUAAUGAUGGAUAAUAAUUUUGCUACAAAAAUAUUGACUAAACUUAAUGUUUUAUCUCAUGAUUCUUUGUUUGGUAAUAAGAAGAUAAUAUUUAAUUCAAGCGGUAUUAAGGAUUUGCCAGAUGGAUCAUGUUUCAGUCGUAUACUUAAGUUUGAUUCUGAUAUCAAUAUUAACUGUGAAUCAACAAUUCGUGUAUGUGAGUAUGUAGGAAGCUUUCAUGUGUCAGGGAGUGAUCAAAAUGAACGAACAGAGUUUGUUAGAGUUCAGCUGAAGCAUUUAAGGGAUGCAGGACCAAAACGAAGUGUUCUCCUGGUUAUUUCACCAACUGGGAUCAAAGUUUGCACUUUGGAUGGGAAGAGUGUCCUAAUGGCUCAUGCUUUACGUCGAAUCUCAUUUGCAACAUGUGAUCCAGAACAUCAUCAAUUUUCUUUUCUUGCCCGUGAGCCUAAUGGACCUUACAAUCUACAAUUUUGUCACUCAUUUUUGGCUAAAGAUUUAAAAGUAGCGGAAGAGCUGAGCGAAGUUGUUGGCUCCGCCUUUCGCAUGGCUUACGCCCAGCAGCUGCAACAAACGCCACUCUCCAGUGGCUCUCAGUUGGACAGACAACCUGCAAGGCUUCACUCUUCUCCAGUUCAUCUCGGUCUCGCAGCUUUUCCAACCACGUGUAGAGAGGAUGCUCGUCCUGCUACAAGAGUUUGUUGGUCAAAGAAGCUCAUGGAAAAAUUCAAGCAGAAUGACUCAAUAACUAGUUCAACAAUGGAAUUGUGCAAUCAGUCAAUAUCUUCUACUUCUAGUGAAUCUUCUAACAAUAGUCUUCAACAACCAGCUACCAAUUCUAGUAGAUUAAAGCAAAAUAAUUUCCCACUAGAUUCUUGGUCCUCAUUAGGAGCUUGCAGUAGUAGUGAAGAAAAUAUAUCUCCUGCUGAUGUAAACUCUUGCAAACAAAUCAAAGACAAACCAUUAAUGCAGAAAAAUUUAGAUGUAGUUCAAGAAAAUGUCUUAGGAGAUGACCAUAGAGACAAUACACGAUCUCCAAAUGAAUGCACAAGUAAAGUUUCCAGUUGUGAUAAUGCUACUAAUGUAAAUGUGAGAGUUUCUUCUGAAACAAAGUCAUAUGGUUUUAAACCAUUUAAAAAAUAUACAUUGGAGAACAGUACUCAAACUCCAACUGCACCUCCACGAAGUGAUACUUUGAACUCAUUAGUAGAUCGAUUUAGUAAAAGAUCAAAUCAAUCAUUGCCAGAUUGUUCUGUUCCAUCAUCAUCAUCAGAAACAGGUGAAUGCUCAGGAGCUUCAGGUGGUAGUCAAAAUACAAAAGAUAAUGAAGAAGUUGCAGCUAGUAGCUCCAACACUUCUCCUCCAACUCCUCCUGAGAGAUAUGACUCUUUGUAUGUUGCAAUCAGUGAGGAGAAAAAAUUACGAGGUGCUCCCUGGUUUCAAGCUGGGAUUCCAAGGGAAAUUGCUCUGGAAAUACUCAAUCAAGAACCGGUUGGUUCAUUUAUGGUUCGGGAAAGUACUAGCAAGCCUGGGUGCUUUGCUUUAUCUUUACGUGUGCCAAGAGAGUACCACCGAUCAGGAAUAGCACAUUAUCUCAUCUUGCGCACUCAUCGAGGCUAUAAAAUUAAAGGCUUCACUAAAGAUUUUACAACUCUGUCUGCUUUAAUAACUCAUCAUUCUGUGAUGCCAGAGUUGUUACCUUGUCCACUUUCUCUGUCUCGAUAUAACCCUUCAUUCAGAAACCAUGAUUCAGAAGAUAUGGUUGAUUCUGACUACAAUUUGUUGUCUGAUUUUCGAAAAAUUUUGUCUGAUUUAAAUGUCUAAUACUUAUAAGUUUCCCAGAUGUAAAACUUGCCUACUUCCUUUACGGAAAAUAUGUGAUAACAAAAUGUAUUUUAAAAUGUGCUAGCCAAGGUUUUUCUUUUAAAAAAUUGUAAUAUUACACUGCUAAAAAAUUGAAACAAUAAUAUAUUCUGGCUAUAUAGCUGACAUAAUGAAAUAUUUACUUUUUCUUUUCCUUUAAUAAACAAGUUUAAAAUAGCAAGUUUUGCAACUGGGUCACUCGUAUGUAUGUUUUUUACAAAUCAUUUGAAAGCUUUUAGUUAAAAAGAAAUGAAGUUAAACAAUUCUGUAACUAAGUUUUUUUAAGCAAAAUAUCUAAAAAAAUUUUAGUGUGAGAGAAUAUUUAAGUAUACACAGUCCAGUCACAUUGAUGUGACUACCUGUCAAAAGGUAGUUUAACUACCUUUCGCAGUUCAGUCUGCUGCAAAAUGCACAGGAAGAAAGUGAGUUAGGUUAUUGAAGGUGUUCACUGAGUUGUUGAGCCAGGCUGACUCCAGUAUAGGCAAACUAUACAUUACAUGGUUGAGGAUACAAGGCGCAAACCCAAUUGAAGUGGUCCCACAGCUUCUAGAUUGAGUUUGAGUUUCAAGGAGUUUGGUGACUAGAGGAGUAUAGUUAAUAACUCAUCUUGGUGCUCUUUGAACUGCACACAUAUACUUCCAGCUGUAUGGCAAAUCAUUUUAUCCUGCUGGUAGAUACCAUCAUCCUGAGGAAAAUUAAUAUAGUGGACAUGACCCACAAAGACAGAUGCAUAUUUGUGCUAACCCAUCAUACCUUCCGUAAUGAUGAGUGCACCCAAAGAAUAGCACAAUAACAUUUUCCAGACUAUAAUGCUCCCUCUACCAGCUUGGAACCUUCCGGCAAUUGUUGAAAUGUGUCAGCUUUCAGACGUUUCACUCCAUACAUGCAAACUUCCAUCUAUCUGAUGGCCCAUAAGAGGUGAUUCAUCAAAAAAAAAAGAUGGUUCCCUUUGGUUCAUCUGGAUAGUAAGUAGCUUAAGGGUUACACGUCUAUGGCCCAUGGUGCACCAUAUUUGUCGCAUUGCUGAUUUUGGAUUGUGCCAUUUCACCAUGCAAGGUAUACCUUUACCAUAGCAGCACAUGAACCUUUUAAAAAAUUAGAUGUUUUGGAAAUGUUCCCCUUCUUCAGAAAGCCUAUUCAUGCCCUUUUGGACAUUGGAUAAAUUGUUCGGUUUCUGUCAACCAUUACAAUGCUUUCCGAUUCCCUCGGACACCCUUUAUGCUUCACUGCAAUGUUCUGCUACCUGUGUGAUUAGUAAUUCCACUUUAAUGUGACCCUAUUUAGGUGAUGGUCACAUUAAUGUGACUUGACUGUGUUAUUUGUUUAAAAGAUUUGCUUUGAAUUAGAAUAUUAAUUUAUCAAUGGAUAAAUGUUAUGUGUGAUAAGAUGUAUGUAGUUAAAAAGUUUUUACAUCUACAUAAAUUUUGUUUUUGUUUUAAGUUGCCAAAUUAUUUUAUAGUUAUAAGAACAAAGUAUUGCUCUUAAUUUAAUAACCCACCUUGAAACUCUACGAUGUUCAAUGGAGAAUUUUGUAUGCUCAUUAUGGUAGUGUCUUUGUCAGUAAAAAUUAGUUAACGUUACAUUUUAUAUAAGGUUCCUUGAUUGAAAAAUCUUUCCUAUUAUUUUGGGAACUGUUUCAGUGAUCAAAGAAUAUAACUUUGAUGUUGUCUUAAGAGCUUGAUGUAUUUAAUUAUACUACUUAAUAUUAAUUAAAUUUUUUAAGUUGUUUUUUUAACAUGUGACAAAUCCAUGCAAUUUAAUAUUGCUACUUAAUAUGUCAAAGUGAUUCACUGAUAAAUACUGUGUUUAAUGGUGUUAUAAGAAGCAGAUUCUUACAUUUCUAUAUCCAGAGAUUUCUUACAUUUUAAAUUAUUUUGCUGAUAAUUGUGUUAUAUUAAUAUUUACAAUUAUUUAAAAUGAAAAUUAUGUAAUUAAUUAUUCAGGUAAAAUUUGGCAAUUCAUUCCUUCUCUAAUUUUCAUUUCUUUUUAAAAUGAUUUAUUUUAUUGGUUAGAUUUUUAAAAAAAAUAUCAGCAUGAAAGAAGUUCUUAUUCAAAAAUAAGUUUACAACAUGUUAAACUUAUUCUAAGUCUGAACAAUAAUGUUAAUCCAAAUUAAAAAUUUACAUUUAAUUUUCGAUUUAAGUCUGUUUUUCUAUCAAAGCCCAUGUAAAAAUGCGCAACACUGUAAUUUUUCUUAAAAUCCUCUGAAUCGAUUUUCAAAAAUAUUUUGUUAUUAGAAUUCUCAACUCUUCUUAAAUGAAAAAAGUUGAUUUUAAAUGUAUAUAUAUAAAAAAAAAAAUGUAUAUCAAAAAUUUCUAAUAAAAUCAAUUUGUUCAAAAUAUGCAAUUUAAUAAAAUGAACAAAAUAUAAAAAAUUUGAAAAACUAUUCAGUAGUUUCUUUGGAAUAAAGUAGGCUAUUUUUCGAUCUACAUUAAAAACCUAUGAGGAUGUAAUUCUCUUUAAAUACAUACUAUCUUUUAAAAGUGUCUUAAAUGUCUUUGAAAUUCAAAGGUAAAAUUUUUAAUUGCUCUUCUUUUAAUUUGUUCUAAUUCUUGGUAAAUCUUAUUUAAUUCUUGGUAAAUCUUAUUUAAUUCUUGGUAAAUCUUUAAAAGCAAAAUAAUCUUAAAUUUAAAACAUUUUAGUUGGAUGUUAUUUUAUAAAGAGUUAUGUUUUGUUAUAAAAUAGAAUUUAACAGUUUGAUUGAUAACUUUAAAGCAUGAAUUUUUUUUUUUAAAUAAAUAAAGAAAUCAACUGAAAAAUGGGUGAAUUUAAUGAAAAAAAUGCCAAAAAAAUGUUUUUUUUUCUUCAAAUUUUCAAAAAUACAUUGAUGUAUUUUUGCAUUAUCAGGAACAAUCACUCCUUCAUUUCUAUUUAUAAAUCUAUUGUGUACAAGAAUAUAGUAUUUCAAACUUAAAUUUUAUAUAAAUAAUCGUAAUUCAUAAAAACUGCAUAAAUGAAAUUGUACUCAGAGAGUAUACCAACUAUAAAAAUUGCUACAGAUAAACUAAUAAAGUGUCAAAGAUACUAGUUUUGUUUGGAAAUGAUAAGUAAAAUAAUUUUAGUAAAAUUUAAAGUGAAAAAAAAAUGCAGAUAAAGGUUUCUAAAUAAAGGGGUUUUAAGCAUAUUAUGCAAAUUUACAUUGUUAUACAUUUAAGGGUUAAAAUGUAUUCAUGAAGAAUUAGCUGACUUUAUUUUAAUAUAUCAAUGUUGUUCUAACAUUUUCAGACUUUUUUUUUGUUGAAAAAUGUGUCUUUUUGGUUCACUAAAAUUUUAGGGUGCAAUUUAAAUAUUUAUUACAUUAACAUAAUUUUGACUGAUUAUAAUUAUUUUUCUUAUAUUAUUUAUGUAACAAAAAUCCAAGUGUUAGUGAAAUUAUUUGAGUUUUUUUUAAAAAAUCUGCUUAAAAUAAACAUUAAUGCUGAAAUUCUUGUUGCAGAUUUGUGAUUUGAGUCCAUUCACGAAAUGGUAUUAUUAUGUUAAAUAAGUCUGGGUCCUUUAUCAUAGUCCAGAGCUUAACUAGAGGAUUUGUUAUGCAGUAAAUAUUUUAAGAAAUUAUUUUUUUAAUCAUUUUAAAUUUUAUACCUUACCAAUUUAAAAACACUGUUCUUCACCACAUUUUAUCAUUUUCAAAGUAAAGAGUCAACAAUUUUAGUUCAAUUACUUUAAGAGGGGGAGGGUUAGUUUUUGGCAAACAAAAAUAUUUAAGUUGCAAGUAAUGUACUAAAUAAUGUUCUGAUCAGUAAAGACAGAAAGAACAAUGUUCAUUUUUAUAAUAUAUGUUUAUAAAAAUGUAUGCUGCAAGUUUAUUUUUUUUUUUGUACAUACAUUUAGGUUAAUUUUUUACUCAAUGAUUAUUAUUAAUGCCAGUUUCGAAUUGAUUUAUUAAUUAAUUUUGCGGAAAUAUUCAGCUCAUUAAAAUUAAUCAAAAUCUGUGAUAUUAGUGUAAAUGAAACACUUCAUGACUUAUAUUUUUUAUAAUAUGUACAAUCAUAUCAAUUAUUUUUUUCAAAAUAGUUAGCUCAAUGGUUUUCAUUAUUAUACGUCAGUAGGUAAUUGUUUUUGGCUAUUUGAUUUAACUAUUAAUUAAAUCUUAUCUCUAAUCUUUGUUUAAAACCCCAUAUCAAGUAUCCAUAAAUAUUUUUUCACCUUGCAACCAGAUUUUCGUUUUAUGUAAUCAAAGAGGCUUUAUCUAAGAAUUCAUAGUCUGUUACUAGAUAACAGAAAAAUCUUUGAACAUUUUCUUUUCUUUAGAACUCCUACUAAGAAUCUGUGAUUUAUUAAAACAGAGACUAUUUAAUUGAUCUGAAUGUUCUGUGAAUAUAACUGUUCUUGUUAUGUUUUUGUGACAUGGUAUGUGUACUACUUAUAAUAUUUAUUAUUGUAUAUCAAAAGUCAAUGUAAAUGUUUACAUGUCUCUAUUGGCAAAGUGAUUUUGUGUGCUGUAAGCUGUUAUUCAGUGUGAUGCUGCAAACUGUUUCAAGAUUUUUUUUACCUUUAGUCAUUUUUAACUAGUCAACAUGAAAUUCAGCUGUUUAGUUCAUAAAUUUUAUUCUGAAUUUUGACUUAAUAUUAAUUUUUUAUUGCGUCUAAAAUAGUUACGUUAAUAUAAUUUAGAUAGAUGAUUAUUGAAAUUGAUUUUGACUUGCAGCUCAGACUAUUUGAAGAAAGUUUUCUUUUUCUGUAGAGUGUAUAUAGUGUUUGCAGAUGUUAUUGCUUGUGAUUAUGUUAUUGUUUUAUUGUAUUAAAAUACUAAAUAUUAAUUCCUGAAAAAUAGGAGACAAAAUUUUUCUUCUUAUAUUGAAACAUUUAAGAGCUGUAUUAAUGAACAACUCUGUUGUUUUUGUGAUAUGAAUUUUAAUAAAUGGUACAUAAAACUUU